AUGGGCUCCAUCAUGCCAGACGACACAAUGGUUUCCCCAGGCCCUCUCAUAGUAGGAGGAGGCCCGGUGGGAAUGUUGACAGCUCUCAGGCUGGCACAACUGGGGGUACCAUGCACUUUAUGCGAAAUGAAUACCGAGACGACACGCUGGCCCAAGAUGGAUAACAACAGCUGCCAUACGAUGGAGAUUUUGCGUAUAAUGAGACUUGUUGAAGAAUAUCGACAACAACCCGGGGCUGUAUCACAACUGAGCGAUUGGGAUACCAUUUUUUUCAACACUUGCGGACCGGAGAAAAAGCUUGUUAGUCGAUGGCAUAUACCAAGCAAUGAUGAAUAUCGCGCCAAGAUCCACGCCAAUAAUAAUGGCUCACAGCCUGCUGAGCCGGGUCAGCGUUGCUCGCAGAUAGUGCUUGAGGCAUUCUUGAAGAAAAAAUGCCUUGCCGAACCUCUGAUUGCAACUCACUUUGGUUACAAAUUUAUUUCACUUGCAGAAGACGACGAAGGGGUUACUGCUACUUUCAAAGAUAUGGAUAAUCAGGAAAAGAUGAUGAGAGCACCGUACUUGGUUGGCGCCGAUGGCGCUCAGAGUAGAGUCAGGAAAAGCGUCGGGAUUCAACUCCAGGGCAGACCUCUGCCUGGUGCAUUCUUCAUGGUCCACUUCCGGUCCAAAGAACUCACCAAACUCGCACCAUUCGGCAACUGGUGGCACGCCUUUGGCCUCCACGGCGGUUUCAUGAUUAACCAAGAUGAUGUUGACACUUAUACUUGUCACGAACCUUGCUCUGCGGAUGCCGCAGCCAUCACAGAACUUCAAGAACAUCCAGAGGAAAUCCCCUACCGUGUCCUUGGCAGCCUCGGCAAGCCUUACAAGUUUAAGAUCGACGAGAUUAUGGUGGCAAAUGCAUGGCGUCCAAACUUUGGCCUGGCGGACUUCUAUGCCAGUCGUGAUGGACACGGCCGUGUGCUCCUCGGCGGCGACGCUGCUCACCGUAACCCUCCUCAUGGCGGAUACGGCAUGAAUAGCGGCGUAGAAGACGCCAUCUCGCUAGCAUGGCGUCUUUCGGCUUUACACAAAGGCAUCGGAGGACACAAUCUCAUCACUUCAUAUACGGAUGAGCGCAGGCCGAACAUGAUGAUGCGUCUCGAACGUUGCGAUGCCCACAUCGGCAAAUUCACACCCAUGAUCAUGCAGACUAUGAAGGCUCCAUCCACAGACAUUUUCCUCGAGGAGAGUGAGGAGGGACAGCACGCACGAGCUGAGGUAGCGAGACACCUGGAAAAUGUGGGACCUGAGAAUAUCGACCGUGGAGUGGAAUUGGAUUUACGAUACUUGAACAGUGAGAUUAUUGUGACUGACGGUACAAGAGAGCCGAAGUUCGAUAACAUGAGCUAUACGCCAAGUACAAGACCCGGUCAUAGGGCGCCUCAUGUGUUUUUGAGUGAUGACCAGACAAGUAUCGUGGAUCUCUAUGGGACUGAGUGGUCAUUGAUGGACUUCUCAAAGGUUGAAAGCAACCAUAAAACAAGCAAUGGUUUUGUGAGCUUGUGUGAGGAAGAGACGUCCUCUGUGGCGACAUUCAAAGCUGCAGCUAAGGCAAUGAAGAUGCCUUUGACACACGUCCAGUUGGAUGCCGGAGAGAAGCAUGCCAAGAACGUGUGGGAAAACUACGAUUAUGUUUUAGUCCGUCCAGACGGGUACGUUGCUUGGCGUGGAGGUAAAGAAGGGGCGAGGGAUGAAAGUUGUGAGCUGAACGAAGGACGAAUCAGGAACAUCUUGAGGAUUGCACUAGGCUGGAAGACAGACCCUGGGUUUGUGGCGGGGGAGAAGAAGGAACUGAAUCUAGAAAUCAAUCUGACAAGCAUUUAUGGCGUGAAGGAGGAACUAGGGGCAGGCGAGGGCCAGGGGGAUGCGUUUGUGGGAUUCUCCAAGGAGGACAAGAGAAAUUAG